GAGAGGGAGUAAGUAAGAGAGAGAGGAGGAGGAGGGUCUGACUAAGGGACCGGGUUAUAUAAGAGGCUGGCGGCAGGUAGUAGCAGCAGUUGGAUAGAACCAACAGUAGUGGAAACAACACAACCACCAAAGUCACUCUCUCAAAGAUAUAUACAUCAAGAUGAUCCGCCAAUUGUUACUCGUCGCUCUGGCCGUCACUCUGGUGACAGGUCGCCCGGACAAACUGGACGCCGAGCUCAAAGCCGCCAUGGAAGCCAAAGCUUUUAUGGAAGCCAAAGCGGCGAUGGAAGCUAAGGCCGUCAUGGAGAGCAAAGCGGCCAUGGAAGCCAAAGCGGCCAUGGGUAAAAGCACCGAGCAAGUGUCCGGCAAGGGAGGCAGUGACAUCAACGAUGGCGGAAGAUUGCUGUCGCUACCGGAAGCCGACGCUUGCGUUCAAAGACCCAAACACUGGGAGCGCAACGGACACUGGUACUUUUUGAGCACCAACGUCAGCACCUACGCGGAUAUCAAGAGCGAUUGGCUGGACGCCCGCAACCUGUGUCGUAAACACUGCAUGGACGCCAUCAGCAUCGAGACGGUGGAGGAGAACGAUAUGGUGCUCGACAUCCUCGAGAAACAGAAACUUCCCUACGUCUGGACGAGUGGUCGCCUCUGCAAUUUCAAGGGCUGCGAUCGCGAGGACUUGCAGCCAGUCUUGAUCAACGGAUGGUUCUGGUCCGGCUCCGGCGUCAAAUUGGCCAAAACCAACGAGACUCCCGCCGGUUGGGGCUACCAGCCGUGGAGCGCCACUGGCCACUUCAAGCGAGCUCAACCAGACAACGCCGAAUUCGAAAUUAACGAGACCAAAGAAUCUUGCCUGGGCGUCCUCAACAAUGUCUACAAGGACGGCAUCAAGUGGCACGAUAUCGGCUGCUACCACACCAAGGCCGUCAUCUGCGAAGAUUCACCACCUCUCCUCCAGUACAUUGCCGCAACCAAUCCUAACAUCAAAUUGUAAAAAUUAUUUCAAAUACAUUCUGGAGAAAAAACAAGAACAAAGAUAAAAGUUAAAAAAAGAAAAAAAGAACCUUAAUGUUUCCGGUCCGAUAAACACCUCCUGGAACUCUCCCUACAACCAAUGUGUGUCGAAAGACAUUAAAACAAACAAACAAACAAACUAUGUUGACGUUAUUUUGUAUGCUCCUCCAUCAAGCGUAAUUAUUUAACCUACUAAAAAACAAAAAUGACCUUGCGUAUUCGUACAAUCAAAACACUCCACACACUCUGUCGUUAUUUUUUUCAAUACAUUCGUCCACUCUUUUAAAAAUCAA